AUGGCUCAUGAGAUUGAAAAAUUACAAACCAAAUUUAAUGACGUGGUGAAAGAUAUGCCUGGGUUGAAUCUAAACUCAAAUGUUGUGGUGGUUGAGCAAAGUGACAUUGUAAGGAGGGAAACAAGUUCUUUUGUGUUAGAAUCAGAGAUCAUUGGAAGAGAAGAUGAUAAAAAGAAGAUCAUAAGCUUGUUGAGGCAAUCACAUGAAAAUCAGAAUGUCUCCUUGGUUGCUAUUGUUGGUAUUGGUGGUUUGGGAAAGACAGCUCUUGCUCAAUUGGUAUACAAUGAUGCUCAAGUAACAAAGUCUUUUGAAAAGAGGAUGUGGGUAUGUGUCUCUGAUAACUUUGAUGUCAAAACUAUUCUGAAGAAAAUGUUGGAGUCAUUAACCAAUAAGAAAAUUGAUGAUAAGUUAUCAUUGGAAAACUUACAAAGCAUGCUACGUGACACCUUAACUGCUAUGAGAUACCUGUUAGUUCUAGAUGAUAUUUGGAACGACAGUUUUGAAAAAUGGGCUCAAUUGAAGACUUAUUUGAUGUGUGGUGCUCAAGGUAGUAAGGUUGUAGUGACAACUCGUAGUAAAGUUGUAGCACAAACAAUGGGUGUAAGUGUCCCCUAUACUUUGAAUGGUUUGACUCCAGAGAAAUCUUGGAGUUUGUUGAAGAACAUCGUUACAUACGGGGAUGAGACAAAAGGAGUUUUGAACCAAACUCUUGAAACUAUUGGUAAGAAGAUAGCUGUAAAGUGCAGUGGUGUUCCACUAGCAAUCAGAACACUAGGAGGCCUUUUACAAGGUAAAAGUGAUGAAACUGAAUGGGUUGGUGUUUUACAAGAUGACUUUUGGAAGUUAUGUGAAGAAGAAGAAAGCAUCAUGCCAGUGUUGAAACUGAGUUACCAUAACUUGUCACCCCAACUUAGACAAUGUUUUGCAUACUGUGCUAUAUAUCCUAAGGAUUGGAAAAUACAUAAGCAUGAGUUAAUUCAUUUGUGGAUGGCACAAGGUUAUCUUGAAUGUUCGGCUAAAAAAAAGCUGAUGGAAGAUAUUGGUAACCAAUUCGUAAAUAUUUUCUUGAUGAAGUCAUUUUUGCAAGAUGUCGAAACUGAUAGUUGUGGUGAUAUACACAGUUUCAAAAUGCAUGAUUUAAUACAUGAUCUUGCAAUGGAAGUAGCCGGUAAUGAUUGUUGUUACCUGGAUAGUGAGACAAAAAAUCUUGUAGAAAGUCCCAUGCAUAUAAUGAUGAAAAUGGAUGAUAUUGGUUUGUUAGAGUCGGUGGAUGCAAGCAGGCUGCGUACUUUGAUUUUGAUGCCCAACCUUAAGACGUUUAGGAAUGAGGAAGACAUGUCUAUUAUUUCAAAAUUCAAAUAUUUACGCGUCUUGAAGCUAUCACAUUGUUCUUUAUGUAAGUUGUGUGAUUCAAUUGUAAAAUUGAAGCAUUUAAGAUAUCUUGACUUAUGGUACUGCAGAGGAGUGGGAAGUGUUUUUAAAUCCAUAACUAAUAUGGUUUGCUUACAAACACUAAAACUGGUGGGGCAGAAGAAUGUUCCAAUUUCUAUAAAAGAUGUCUACAAUUUAAUCAAUUUGAGACAACUUGAUCUUGAUAUCGUAAUGUCCUAUGAGAAGAAGAACACAGUAUGUAGAUUUGGAAAAUUGUGUGGGGUGGGGGGGCUUUACAAGAGGCUAGUUUUUUCUGAUUGGCAUUCUUCACUCACAAAUCUUGUAGAGAUUUCUAUCAAAAAGUUUUAUACUUUGAAGUAUCUUCCACCAAUGGAACGUCUCCCGUUUCUUAAACGACUUAAUUUAUUUUGUCUUGAUGAUUUGGAGUACAUAUAUUUUGAAGAGCCUAUUUUGCCUGAGUCAUUCUUCCCAUCUUUGAAGAAGCUCAUUAUCACGGACUGUUUCAAGCUGAGGGGAUGGUGGAGGUUGAGGGAUGAUGUCAAUAAUGUUGAAAACUCUUCACAAUUUCAUCAUCUUUCCUUCCCUCCCUUUUCUUCUCAUCUUUCUCUAUUAAGCAUCUUCAGUUGUCCAAUGUUGACUUGCAUUCCUACUUUUCCAAACCUUGAUAAGACACUGCAUUUAGUAAGCACUAGUGUGGAGACAUUAGAAGCAACAUUAAACAUGGUAGGUUCAGAACUUGCGAUCGAAUUCCCUCCUCUUUCCAAGCUAAAAUACUUGCGCCUUGGCGGAGAAGACUUGGAUCUGAAAAUCCUUCCUUUUUUUAAGGAAGACCACAACUUUCUGUCUUCCAUUCAAAAUUUUGAAUUUUGCAAUUGUUCAGAUCUAAAGGUAUUGCCAGAUUGGAUUUGCAAUCUCUCCUCACUUCAGCAUAUCAGCAUUCAGAGAUGUCGUAAUUUGGCUUCGCUGCCCGAAGGAAUGCCCCGUCUUUCCAAAUUACAUACCCUGGAAAUCUUUGGAUGUCCCCUCUUAGUUGAAGAAUGUGUGACACAAACAAGUGCAACAUGGUCCAAAAUUUCUCACAUCCCAAACAUAAUCUUAGACUAA